CAAAUCAAAACUGUCGCGCACUCGACACGGACGCACCGGCUCCGGCUCCGGCACUCGGCAAUCGCUACUCGGCAGUCUCUCUCUCCGGGUUCAGUUUCAGUUCAGUUCAAGCCAACACACAAAGCGUAAAUAGUAAAGCGUAAAGUGUAAAGCGAAAAGGAAACAUUACUUCAAGUGCAGCUCAAAAGCUUUUGUAAAGUGCUAAGAACAAGAUCGACAGAUUAAAUACAAUAUCAUCAAAGAAUACAAAUAUUGCAAACAAUAAACAACUAUAGUGUUUGUUUAAAACAUUUACUAAAAUCGGUGUGUUUUAAGAUCUAUUUCCAUUUACGAUCGAAAUAAUUAUACGGGAUUACGCAUAAAAUCCACAACUUGACACAAGCACGGUCAGUGCACCGAAUUGACAGCAAGGGAGAAGAGACAAUCGAGCCACUCACCUGACACCCGACGAGGUCACCACCUGACACCUGACACCAUGACGAGCAUUGCGGCGCUGCUGCAUCGCAGUCACAAUCACAGCCACAGUCACAAUAGCAACGGCUACACGAGCAGCGGCAGUGGCAGCAGCAGUCACAGUCAUCACAGCAGGAGCAGCCUGUCUCCGGUGACAAUAAUCGGUGGUGCCACAACUCCGCCGCCACCGCAGCAGCCAACACAGCCAGCAAAGCUGCAACACCAGCAGCAACAGCAACAGCAGCAGCAACAAAGCAGCUCGAAUUCGAAUGUGAGCUCCCAUCAUGACCACAUUAAGCGACCAAUGAACGCGUUUAUGGUCUGGUCGAGAGGACAACGACGCAAAAUGGCCCAGGACAAUCCGAAAAUGCACAACUCUGAGAUAUCGAAGCGUUUGGGUGCCGAGUGGAAAUUGCUUACCGAAUCACAGAAGCGUCCAUUCAUCGAUGAGGCCAAGCGAUUGCGCGCGCUGCACAUGAAAGAACACCCCGAUUACAAAUAUCGGCCGCGUCGCAAGCCAAAGACGCUCAACAAGUCACCAGUGCCAGGCGGUGGCUCUGGAGGAGUUGGCGGAGGCGGCGGCGGCGGAGGAGGUGGAGCAGCUGGUGGCAACGGAGCAGGCGGCUCAGCUGGCAAUGGAUUGACAUCAGCUGGUCAGAUGGGCAAGGAGUCGAGUCAAGCGCAGCACUCGCCUCUCGGAGCACAUGGUCUGUCGCAUCAUCAUCAUCAUCACCAUCCGCAUCAUCCACAUCCGCAUGCCGCCCACGCCGCUGCCGCCCAUGCGCAUCAUCAUCAUGCGCAGCUGAGCGCCGUGGCAGCCGCUGCAGCUGCGGCCGCCGUCUCCCAUUCACAUUCCCAUUCACCCACCUCGCUGGCGGCCAAGUAUGGCUUUGGCUCGCCUCUGGAACUGUCGCUGCCCCGUGUGCCUGGCGGCUUUCCUGGCCUGGGACACUAUCCACUGGAUCCCACCCUGGCGCUGGAUCUUCAGGCGCGUCUUCAGGCCAUGUAUGCGGGCAGCAUUUAUCAUCCGUGGCGCUAUCUGCCACUGAUCAGUCCAGAGACGCCACCGUCACCGCCCAGCAGCAGCGGCACAGGCAUCUCAUCCUAUGGCUGUGUGAAAUCGGCCAAAUCCUCGCCAGUUGCCGUGGUGCCAGCGGUUGCCACGACGCCGCCGAACAUCAUUUGACCAACUCCGCUGCGCUUUGGCGCAGCUGCCGCCGAGCAUGCGGUCUAAAGAGCUACAGCUGGGCAUCACGCAUUCCACAAACAAAAAGAAAGUAAAGAAAUCCCCACCCAAUAACUGGUGGCAGCCCCAAAAGCUGGCCUGCCCACUUGCUAGUGUAGUACCCUAGUGUUAGCUGAAUCUUUGUGUGAGUUUCUCUCUUUUUAAGUUGCAUGUUUCUGUUUUGUUUUGUCCCUUCUUCCUCUGGACUGCACACGAACCUUUGAUUUUGAUUGUGGAAGUUUGCAAGUAUCAAAUAGAUUUUCCAAAUAGAUAGAAAAUCUGAUUCAAGGAUAUCCUUGAAAAGAUUUUAACAUUUCACAUUCAGAAAUCUAGCAAUUUAUUUGAUAUUCAGGGUGUUAAGGAAGAGUUAUAGCACAAUUAAAAUCUUUAUUUCUGUUUAGUUAGAACUGCAUUGUUUAUAUAUUAUUAACUUAAUAUUCGAAGAGACUCUUUUAUUUAAAAGCCGCAUCAAACAACAUUCAAUAAAGAUGUCAACAUUUCUCAAUAUAUUGCAUUACAUGUUAAGCUUAAUACUUAAUGAUGUUUAUGAACUUAUUUUCGAACGAUAUUAUUCAAACUAUUUUAACGAUAGUUCCGAUUAUAAUGUCGACAACAGUUUUUAAUGGAAUAAAAUGUUUGAUUUAGUAUAUCAAAUAAAGAGUCACAGCAAACUAGACAACUGUAAAGUAGUCUCAAGUUAAAAGUAAAGUAAUUCUAUUCAGAUUAUUUCAGUGACAAAUUCUCUUACAUCAAACUUUAUCUUCAUAUCAACAUAUUACUCUAUUUGAGUAAGAAACUAAUUUGCAUAUCCU